UCCAAGAGAUGUGCCUUUCUGGAACGUGAAACGGGACAGAGCUACAUGUCUGUGUUUCAGUGCCUGCGUUUACAUGGCAUUACAUCAAGUAAACACCUGGAGGAUUUAAGGCACAUUAACUUCUUCCCACAAACAUGGCUCACCCGGAUUCUGUCCAAUCAUUACCAUGCACUUGAGAAUGGUGGAGACAUGGCAUUCCAAAGAGAUUUUUCCACUCAAGCUGUCAGAUUUGGUCUGUUAAUUAAGGAGGAGCCAAAAUAUUGCUCGGAAAUUGUUUCCUUGUAUGGAUUCUUCUUUCAAAUUAAGGCAGUCAGACAUGAAGCAUCAUCCUAUAGCUUUUACAUGCAGAGAGUCAAAUACACAGACCCAAUAUUAUCCUUCUUUACAUCUGAGCGUAGUCCUGUAAGCAUGAGACAAGAACGAGAAGUAAAAUAUGAAAUAAAAGCCCAGGCCUUGAUCGAUGGGAAAUGGCAAGAAUUCAGCACCUAUCAGCUCACCCAAAAGUUUGGCAUUACGAAGCCAUCCUGCAGAAGCCAAGUCUUGAAAGCACGAAUCACGACCGUUCCGAUCUACGUGACAUUCGCCAUCCUUUUCCCAGUAUCUUGAGCCUCUUCACCCCCGUGGAACAGUGGCCUCAACAUGAAGGAGCGUUAAAGACCACAUUAAAGCUGCAACCCGCUUCAGUGUUUGCUAUCAGUUUGACCAUGAAAA